AUGUCCUGUGUCUCUCGCUGUGCUGUUACAGAGACCUCGUACCACAAAUGCACACCAAUGGACGAUCGUAUCGGCUUCAUGACCCCCAAAGGCGCCUACUUCUUCUGCUUCGUGCUCUGCAUGGGACGGAGGAUUCAGGCCCAGCGAUUCUCUCGCCUUCCCGUCCUGUCUGCCGUCCCGAGUUCUGUGGUUCCACGGAAUGAGACUGUGAAGCUCCUGUGCAGGGGGACUCCCGAGUCCUACCUGUACCACCUGGAGGUCCUGAGACGCUCGGACUACGAGCUGGUCGAGAGAAGACUGGGCUUUAAUCACGUGGUGGAGUUCAGCAUGCACCCCGUGGAGGCGGACGCCGCAGGGCGUUAUUCCUGCCGGUAUAGGAAAUCCGACGGCUGGUCGCAGCACAGUGAGCCCCUGGACUUGGUGGUGACAGGCUUUUAUGAGAAACCCACCCUCUCCACGGAUCAGAGCCUUGGGACAGUGGUGGGAGAUAACAUUUCCUUCUACUGUGGUUCGGCUAGCGUCCCAUUUGACAGCUUUUCACUGACAAAAGACGGGAACCCGGACCCGCCACAGCAUCAGAACGGGAGACAUUCAGGCCACUUCACACUGGGUCCUGUGACCAGCAGCUUCUCAGGGAAUUACAGUUGUUACGGCUGGUACAAGGCCAGCCCCUACCUGUGGUCAUCGCCCAGUGACACCCUGCAGCUUCUUUUCCCAGACCCUACGCACAAGGAUCACACGACGGAGAACUCAAUCCGGAUGAGCGUGGCGGCGUUGGUGUUUGUGAUUCUCUUGGUGAUAAUGGUGGACUUCUGGCACAGCCAGACGGUGCUUCACAAGACAGACAGACAAGACGUGGCUGAGGCAAGCUGGACGCUGUGUCUGAGCCAUGUGAUCAACUCUCAGCACCGUGAGUCCUUCUUUCGGCGCUGUGUUGGGUUCCGACCACAUACUCUCUUGAAACCUCUCAUUUGGGCCACCCCCAAGCCCAUAAUUCCCCGGGGAAAGCAGGUGACCAUCUGGUGUCAGGGCGCGCGGGAGGCGGUGAAGUACCACCUGCUUUUCAAGGGGCAGAUCUGGGCCUUGAUGAACCCAAAGGCUCCCGGCUCGAUGAGCAGAGUCCGGUUUUCCAUCCCAGCCAUGACCUUACAGACUGCAGGCAGUUACAGCUGCGUCUACCUGAGUGGGGAGCUCUGGUCGGAGAGCAGUGAGCCCCUGGACCUGGUGGUGACAGGGAUGUAUGACACACCGACCCUCUCCAUGCAGCCCAGGCCUGAGGUGGGCCCAGGAGAGAAUGUCACCUUCCAGUGUCGUCUGGAGAAGGCCACAAGCACCUUCUUUCUGCUCAAGGAGGGAAGCUCCAACCGUCCUCAGAAAAGAUACGGGAGUCAAGGGGCAGACUUCCCGCUGGGCCCCCUGACGCCAGCCCACAGAGGGGCCUACAGGUGCUACGGCUCCUACAAUGACUUCGUGUGGUCUUUCCCCAGUGAGCCUGUGAGGCUUCUGCACACAGAAGAAUACCCUUGGGACCUCGAUUCAUCAGCCACAGAGACAGGAUUCCAAAAUGAGUUCACCUCCUGGGAUCACCGUGCCCAGAAUCUCUUUCGGAUUGGCGUGACUGUCCUCAUCAUGGUGGCCAUCAUAGGGCUGCUGGCUGGGGAAUGGCUCGGCAGGAAGAGGCCUCAAGAGGAAGUCAUCAAGGCCCCAAGUCACGGACCCAGGAGAAGGGUCAGAACACGAAGACCCUUCAACACAUGA